AAGAAAUCAGCACCAGCACAAGCAGAGAACCAGCAAAACAGCGCACUGUUCCAUGUUUGAAGAGAAUUCCGCCAUGGUGCACAUUGAUGGACAAGAGCCGCCGUUGUAAGGAUCUCCAUGUGUCUCAAAUGCUCAUUUAACCCAAAUACAACCGUUCCUCUUCGUCACACACUGUAUGAGCAGAUGCACAAAUCCUCAGCUGAAACACAAACUCGCACACACCUCUGGAUCUCGUUUUGCCUCUCGCCGUUUCAUGGUGAGAGAGAGAGAAACCCAUGUCUCACCUUUCUGCUCAUCAUCUAUCCAUUCCCAGCCGUCCUGGUUUCUGUGCUUGAUCACGAAACAUGCUGCCAUGAACACACACGUGGGCAAUGAUGCAUAUGAACAUUGAUUCAUGGUUUUUUUUCACAGUAUCGAUAUCCACCAUG